AUGGCAAGCCUCACUGAAUACCUGGCCUUAGUUGCCGUUGCUUUCCUCGCCCCUCAGUUGUAUCGUUUCAUCAACUUCAUCUGGCUGUACUUCUUGCGGCCUUGCACCGUGCACGAGUACCUUCACACGUCGCCCUCGUACGCUCUGAUCACUGGUGCUUCGGAUGGGAUAGGGAAGGCGUUAGCGCAGGAGUUGUAUGACAGAGGCUUCAGCCUGAUUUUACAUGGACGAAACGAGGAGAAGAUGCGCAAGGUCUGCGACCAAAUUCGCAGGCAGGGAUCGCGCAACGUUCACUACUUCAUCGCGGAUGCGUCUGCCGAAGGACACGACUUCGCAAAGAUGAUGGAGCCGUUCAAGGACCUUCACAUCACGCUGGUCGUGCAUAACGUCGGGAGCUCUGAGUUGAGAUGGGAGAAAACGGAUGGCCUAAGCGAGGAAUAUUUACUCGACAUCGUCCGGCGAAAUGCUCUAUUCCCUAUGCUCCUCACUCGCGUCUUACUACCCAAAUUGCGCGCGGCAGCCAAGAGUGGUCCAGUGCUGGUUCAGUUCAUUGGCUCACAAGCGGGAGAUAUCUCCCCUCCGCGUCUUGGGCUCUACGCAGGCUCCAAAUCGUUCCUCAAAGCCCUCGCCCGUAGUCUCGACACCGACGAACUUGUAUGGGAAACACCUUCUGGCGUGCGGUUUGAAUAUCUCCUCGUCGGCCAGGUGCAGUCGAAUUCCAUGCAGAUCAGCACGUCGAUUGGUACCCCGAGCUCGGAGCGCUUUGCGAAGGCCAUCGUGGCGCGUAUGGGAUGUGGCUGGCGAAAAUAUGCACCGUACAUGCCGCAUGCAGUGAUGCAGUGGUCCAUGGAGGCAAUGGGAGAGAACGUAGUGGACAUGUUCACCGCGCAGGCCAUUGGUGAGCUAACGAAGAAAUUGGAAAAGAAGGCUUGA